AUGAGUUCCAUAGGGCAAAGCAUUCUCAUGGCUUUAACAGUAACCGUUAACAAAUACACUUCCUCCAAUGUUCAAGCUGUGCGCAGAAACGAUACCAAACGCGAUUCUUUAACCGCUGAUUUUGGACGAAGAAACGUACUCUUCUCCUCUUCUUCUUUCCUCGCCGCCGCUUUGACCACCAGCGAUCAGCUUCUCCAGAAGUAUUUGAAGAAGACUGAAGAAAACAAAACCAAGAACGACAAAGAGAGGUUGGACAGUUACUACAAGAGGAAUUAUAAAGACUACUUUGAGUUUGUUGAAGGAUCUAUGAAGGGAAAGACAGAAGCAGAGCUCAGUGAGUCUGAGAAACGGAUUCUCGAAUGGCUCAAGUCCAACAAAUGA